CCCAUUUCAAAACUCACAAAAUCAUAGUUUCACACAGUUUCUCGCACAGAGUGUCCAUUGACACCUGAUCUGAGGUCCCUUUAAAAGGACAAAGAGAAAACAUAUGAUUCAAGAAAGAACAACUGUAGAAGUUUAGAGAGAAGAGGUUUGAGUGGACUAUAUGAGCUCUGUUUUGUGUUUUCUCUGAGGAAAAACAGGACAACAUGAAAGCCUUCCUCCUCCUCUUCCUCAGCGAGAUCUUGCUGCUGAGACAGACCUCCGCAACCACACAGAGAGUGCAAAGACAAAACAUGAGGGUGCGUAUCAGAGCUGCUGGAGACACCAUUGUAUUUAAGUUCAUUCAGCCCCAUGUGGACACCGAAUUGGAGGGAUAUAUCCUGGGCUAUGGCAGUAGCAUGUUCUCCAAACAAUUUAUUCAUCUACCUGAGGAUGGACAACCCUAUGAGACCGAGAUAGAUGCUGAGCCCAAAUAUCUGAUUGCGGUACAGUCAAAGAAACCUGAGGAGCCUAAGAAACAAUGCACAGGGAAAGUGGAUCUAGAGAAACCAUUACAUGUUGUGAUUGGCUCGGUGACACAGUCGUCGGUGCUGCUGUCCUGGGGGACACUACUGACCGGCCCCUUCAUGGAUUCUGUUGUGGAUGACUGUAUUGAUGAGGGACAGUUCACGGUGCGCUACAGAGAGAAAGAACCCAGCGAUACCUGGAACUACCAGACCUGUCCAUCCACCAGCACAGUCAUCGACAACCUCAAACCAGAUGCUCUGUAUGAGUUUGCGGUCCGAGCAGACACUGACAGCGACAGUGGAGCCUGGAGCCAACCAGUCAUCCAUAACACAGCUGAUCAAAUAAUUGAGCCAUUUAAGGAACUGAACCAGGCAAAGCCUAAAACACCAGUCUUGGCAGGCCAACCAUCAUUCUUGCCUCCAGUGCCAGUCUUAAACAACAUUACCCAGACCAGAGCAGCUCCUCUCCUCAAACACACUGGCCUUCCAAAACAAUGGAAAACUUCAGUGUCGCCAAUAGAGGCAGAAAAUCCCACGACAACUCCUGAUGAUCAACCUGCCUUCACUGAGGCCCUUAGUUUCACCGACACACCGAUCAUUCUGCCCAUGCCAAAAACCACAAACACAGUUCAACCUCAAAACCCCACCAGUCAUCCUAGCACUACCCAACCAGAUCCUCACACAGAGCAACAUACUAGUUUAACCCCAAAACAACUUACGACAACUCAGCCACAACCUUCCACAACCCAACAACAAACCAGCACAACGCAACCACCACCCACUACAAACCAAAAAUAUACCACCAAAACACAGGUCUCAGUUAAAGUUCAACCAUAUACAGCCAAACAGCUGCCGAAUACAGCCCAACAACAGUUUAGUGAAACAACAUCUUCCCCUAGUUCAUCUACAGCCAAACCACCAACCCAACAACACAACACAAGGACUGUCCAGGAACAUCCCCACCCAUCUAAGAAACAAGACACCAUAACUCAACACAGUCUCCAUACAAGAAAAAUUCAGCCAGGUACCAAGCUGCAUCGGUUGAGCACAACCCAGCGUUUACAAGGCACGUCCAAACACCAAACCAUUCACGCUUAUGAUUUCUCAAAAUCCACUUCCCAUUACCAGUCAAGCACAAUCACACAUUCAACAACAUUCACACAACCAAACAACAAACCAGCAGCCACACUUUCUGAACAGCCAAACUACAAACCAGCAGCCACACUUUCUGAACAGCCAAACAACAAACCAGCAGCCACACUUUCUGAACAGCCAAACAACAAACCAGCAGCCACACUUUCUGAACAGCCAAACUACAAACCAGCAGCCACACUUUCUGAACAGCCAAACUACAAACCAGCAGCCACACUUUCUGAACAGCCAAACAACAAACCAACAGCCACACUUUCUGAACAGCCAAACUACAAACCAGCAGCCACACUUUCUGAACAGCCAAACUACAAACCAGCAGCCACACUUUCUGAACAGCCAAACUACAAACCAACAGUCCCACUUUCUGAACAGCCAAACUACAAACCAGCAGCCACACAUUCUGAACAGCCAAACUACACACCAAUAGCCACACUUUUUGAACAGCCAAACUACACACCAAUAGCCACACUUUUUGAACAGCCAAACUACACACCAAUAGCCACACUUUUUGAACAGCCAAACUACACACCAAUAGCCACACUUUUUGAACAGCCAAACUACACACCAAUAGCCACACAUUCUGAACAGCCAAACUACACACCAAUAGCCACACUUUUUGAACAGCCAAACUACAAACCAGCAGCCACACUUUCUGAACAGCCAAACUACAAACCAACAGCCACACUUUCUGAACAGCUAAACUACAAACCAACAGCCACACUUUCUGAACAGCCAAACAACAAACCAACGACUACACAGAAUUGGUCCACAAAUGACAAUUCUCCAACAAACACAGCUUUGAAUUCACCCACAACUUUAGCAAACAUUCGGGAUGGAUUAGUGUCAUGGCAGACAACUGAUUUCAUCAACCAACCAGUAUUUAGCACUAAACCAUCCAUUCUUGAAGAAUAUUCGACACCCCAUAUUCUCACAACUGAAGAUUUGCCCCUUACCGAGAACGUACAGGAACUGACUCCACAACCAAUAUAUCCACCCAUACGUUUUUGGUACCAGCCCCAACCCAGCACCACAACACAACAUUCCAGCACUACUAAACACCAAGCUAACACUGCUAAACACAACCCAAAAACAUUUUCCCAUGCUGAAAACCAACCACCUAACCCUGAUGAACAGUUGCCAGGUACCCAAAAAACCCCACUAAACCUGACACCUAAAACUGCUUUCAUCAAAUCCGAUGCUAUUCAAAACUCACCCGUGGCGGAGAAGGUAACAGUGAGGACGCGUCAACCAGGUCAACCAGAGGCUAGUUCCCAGCCAAAGGACGAACAACUACUGUCACUGCCAACACUUACAAAUGAGGUGGCCAGUAGGAACAAUGGCAGAGGUAUCUUCCGCAACUCUUCUUCUUUGUCCCGCCCAUUGGCACGAAACGUUACGCAGAGACUGAGGCCUCAUGGUCGCGUCCCUCCUACAAAGCCUUUCAGGCCACCCCCUGUGUAUCGUAACUCAACUUUCAACAGGAAAAGGGUGCCUCAUGGUGAGCGCCAUAUAGGCCUUUGGGCGCCCAAACUUCCCGGAAAGAAACCUGAUAAGACAAAGCUGAACCAGGCUUCAGACACUAAUGAAAAGGAAAAGAUUAUUGAUCUGAAGCAGAUGGACCCAAUACCAGAUCUGAAACCUCUAGCUCCACCCACUACUGAAAAAACAACCAAUCAAGAGCUUUCACAGACAACAACACCACAAUCUGCUUUUGAAGGCAGUCGUUUUGACACCGGUGACAACUCCUCUGUAUUCAGUCCUCAUCCCCUAUCUGAGGUGGAUGCAACGGGGAAGAAACGUUUUGUAGCACCUCACGUGAUCUAUAGAACCGACAAACGUCCGGAGGAGCCCUGCUCUGUCACUCACUCUCUCAGCUUCUUUCCUGAUGAGGAGGUGGGAUACAUAAAUGUCACUGGCCCGCCCAAGACCCCUCCAUCCAACCUUACUGUAGUCACAGUGGAGGGAUGCCCCUCCUUCGUUAUCCUUGACUGGGACAAAACAGACAAUGAGACCACAGAAUAUGACGUAGUUUCCUCAACCAAGGGUCCACAUGGAGAAGAGGUGUCCAUCCAGACAACAAAUCAAACACAUACAGCAGUGGAGAACCUGAAACCAGAGAGCAGUUAUGAAUUCAAAGUUGUACCCAAGAACGAGCUGGGUUCAGGCCCAACCAGUGAUCCAGUCAGCUUCAGUACUGAGUCAGCUGAUCCUCGCGUAAGUGAGAUGCCCACUGGUAAAAAUGCCAUCUGGUCAUCGUUUCCAUUCAGAGCAGACUCAUACUCUGAAUGCAACGGGCGGCAAUUCAUAAAGCGAACCUGGUACCGCAAGUUUGUGGGUAUCCAGUUGUGCAACUCUCUCAGAUACAAGAUCUACCUGAGCGACUCACUUAAAGGGAAGUUCUACAGCAUAGGAGAUCAAACAGGGUAUGGGGAGGACCACUGCCAAUUUGUUGACUCGUUCCUGGAUGGACGAACUGGUGGUCCUCUUCCGCCAGACCAAUUACCACCUAGACAAGGCUUUUUCCGGGCCAUGCGUCAAGAGCCUGUCAAGUUUGGGGAGAUUGGAGGAAAUUCCAUGAUCAAUUACGUGGCCUGGUACGAAUGCGGGAUACCCAUUCCUGGGAAGUGGUAGGACCUCAAGGAGCAGAUGGAAGACAUGACGGAUAAGAAACAGUAGUUCCCAAGGGAGAACUAGUGUUUUUAUGUGAUGACUGUGUAUAGAGAAUGAUUUCUUUAGAGUAUGUAUCUCUGUUUUUGGGUUAUCGGGCACAUAUAAAAUUAUUUAUAAGCUCAAACAGUGCAGCAAAUGUACAGAGAGCUGAAUAAAUGUUACCAUUGAGAUUAAGAAGUUAGGCCUAAACUUUUAAUAAUAAAGGGAAGCAGGCUCCCUUAAAGACUAAAUGAAGGUGUAUAUUAUUUAUCAAAAUGUUGAAUAUUCCACAAAAAAAGACAAGUCACAUAUUUAAGUGAAUAUUUUUAAAGAUCAUGUUCUAUUCUUCCAUACAGUUUUUGUUAGCUCAACUAUUUAGCUGUGGGACUGUUUUGGGGUGAACCUCUGCUUAUGAGUUUCCAAGGUAAUUCCUAAAGGUGGAUUUUUCUCUCAGUAAACAGUCCUUUUUUGGACCUUGCAAGUAUUGUGCAAAAUUUACCAGGUUUACUGGCUUUAUAUGGUCAUGGCAGGAGUUGAAAAAUUGGAUAUAUCUGUACAGUGUUUCAGUUACACUGGUCUCAUGUGAAUAGUCUCAUUAAGUCUUUUUUGGCUUUGCUUAUAAAAUACUGUGUAUUUUACCAUUUAUCUGGGUGCAAUGCUUUGUCCCAUAGACUUUCAAUGUAAGUGUAAGUUUUUCUCUAUUAUUGUUAGUGAAACAUGCUGUUAAUAAUAUACUGAAUGUACUGAACCCAGAACAUUCCAUUAACAGCUUAAGCACCAGUUAAACAAGGAAUUUAAUGAGUAUCCAAGUAUAAAGUAUCCAAGCCAUGCUGCUUUUCAAUUAAUUGUUGUAAUUAUACUAUGUUUGAAUGUGAGGAAUGCAAUAUCACUUUAACAAGGAAGUCUAUUGUUUUGUACAGAAGUUCAAUGACUCAUGAUUUCCAGAGAAAGAUUUUAAAUGCCAGAUUUUAUGUUAAAGUUAUAGAUUUUUUAUGAGGUUUAUCUGCUUUACUAAUAAGAGCACAAGCAGUUUUUGUUUUAUGAUGUUUUUCGUGGCUGCCGUUUUUAAAAAUAAAAUAAAAUGGUUUCUGAAUCUGAUAUGAAAAAAGAUAUGGUGUGUUUUAAUAUUGUUUUAUAUGCAAUCCUCAAAAAACUGAAAAAUAAAGACCUAAAAAAAGAAAGACCAUAAAUGAAUAAAGCUCCCAUCACUUCA